AUUGCAUUAGAUGUUAUAGCUAAAACCAUAAAGGCAGCCCCUCAACAACUAUUAGAUAUUUUAAGAAAAUUUCGGGAGAUUUUAGAUUAUGUACCAUUCCUUCCUUAUCCUUCAGCAAUUACAUUUUUAAGAGCAUUAACUCCAUUAUUAAAAAUCAGUUCUCCUUUGAAAGAUGCUCUGAUGGUUGUUUUGCGAAAAGCAUUGUUUCAUAGAGAAAUAGAUGCUCGUAAAGUUGCUAUAAGUGGUUUUUUAAUAGUUUUAAGGAAUUUCAAAUUACUUGAAGGAUCGGGAAUUCAAAACUCCUACAGUCAAUCUUCUAUAUCUCUUAGUCAAGUAUAUUUGUUUACACAUUUUUAA